AUGAUUAUCUCAUCAAGCUUGUCCGAUGUGCAAGAAGAAAAAUUGCUCAGAGUCCUUCGUGAGCAUAAAAAGGCUAUUGGGUGGACAAUUGUUGACAUUAAAGGAAUCAGUCCAUCAUUUUGCAUGCAUAAGUUUUGUUUGGAAGAUGGACACCACCCUAGUUUUGAGCAACAAAGGAGAUUAAAUCCCAUUAUAAAAGAGGUCGUGAAGAUGGAAGUAAUUAAGUUGCUCGAUGUAGGUAUCAUCUUUCCUAUUUCUGACAAUAACUGGAGGUACAUGUUGGCUGUUUUCACUGAUAUGGUGGAAAAAUUUGUGGAAGUCUUCAUGGAUGAUUUUUCAGUCUUUGGAUCUUCCUAUGAUGAUUGUUUGAAGAAUUUGAGCAAGGUGCUAGCCCGUUGUGAAGAAAUAAAUUUGGUUUUAAAUUGGGAUAAUGCCAUUUUGUGGUACAAGAAGGCAUCAUGUUGGGCCAUAAAGUGUCAAGGAGUAGCAUUGUUUCUUGUAAAAGAUGUAACCUUCAAUUUUGAUGAAGCCUGUCUAAAGGCAUUCGAGGAGCUCAAAAAUAAGUUGGGCAGUGCUAUGCCAAAGGAAGGACAAGAUGUUUACUUCAUUUACUAUGCGAGUAAGACUCUUGAUGAUGCACAACUGAAUUAUACCACUAUUGAGGAGGAGUUAUUGGCCGUUAUGUGGGCUUUUGAGAAAUUUCGGGCAUACUUGUUGGGAAUAGAAGUCAUAGUCCAUACCGAUCACGCAACAACCAGAAAUACGAGAUCGGAAGGGCACAAAAAACCAAGUAGUCGACCAUCUAUAAAGGCUGGAAAAUCAUGGGCACAUGGAGGAAGGGUACUUCCGCCUGAAAUUGAAUCUAAAGCUAGAAAGAGGUUUCUACAUGAUGUAAAUUUCUACUACUGGGAUGAGCCAUUCUUGUACAAACAGUGUGCUAAUCAAUUGAUAAAGAGGUGCAUUCCAGAAAAGGAGGUGGAAUUAGUGUUGUAUGAUUCACAUGCCUCACCUUAUGAGGGCCGUCAUGGAGGCGAUAAGACAGCUGCAAAGGUGUUACAAUCGGGGAUGUUUUGGCCAACAUUGUUCAAGAAUGGCCAUACAUUUGUUAAGAAGUGUGACCACUGUCAAAGAACAGGGACAAUCACAAAGCGGCAUGGGAUGCCUUUAAAUAACAUCCUGGAGGUAGAGAUUUUUGAUGUGUGGGAGAUAAACUGUAUGGGACCGUUCCCAUUGUACAGAAGAAACAAAUAUAUCUUGCUAGCAGUUGACUACAUGUCAAAAUGGGUAGAGACAAUCACAUUGACAACAAAUGAUGCCAAAGUGGUAGCUGCUUUUGUGAAAAAGAACAUAUUCUCGAGGUUUGGGACUUCACGCGCCUUGAUUAGUGAUGAAGUGGCACAUUUUUGUAAUCGAUUUUUGAAUAACCUUCUAGCUAAAUAUGGGAUCCGCCACAGAGUUGCUACAAAAUAUCAUCCGCAAACAAGUGGACAAGUUGAAGUGUCCAACAGAGAAAUAAAGCAAAUAUUAGAGAAGACAGUGAGCGUGAAUAUGAAGGAUUGGGUUGCAAAGUUAGAUGAUGCCUUAUGGGCAUAUAGAAUUGCAUACAAAACACCAAUUGGGGAGUCACCGUAUAAGCAUGUUUAUAAGAAGGCAUGUCACUUGCCUGUUGAACUUGAACACAAGGAAUACUGGCAAUUAAAAAGUUGA